CGAUUCCCACAAUAAACGUAGAGAAAGAGAAAAGGGUCUUCCUCUCCUCUCCUCUCCUCUCGUCUCUUCUCUUGAGAAAGCAACCUUACUUUGGAGACGAGAAUCUAAUCAAUCCAUCGAAAAACAAAAGCUGCCUACCUAUUUAUUUUGAAAAUUACAGCAAACAAACGCCUCUGCCUCGUUUCAAAAGUAGCCGUUAGACCAACCGGGUACUGCCUCGAAUCCCCAGUUGCUGUCUGUCUUUGCUUAUAUAUCUAUCGAUCUCCAACCAGCUGAUCUCCUCCUCCAUCACUUUGCCUCGUUUAUUUCCCAAUUGAUUUUGAUUUUGAUUUUGAUUUUGAUUUUGAUUUUGAUAGCUGGGGAUCAGGUCGGCCUCCUCCCUCAACUGAAGAACGGGCUCGGAAAUGGAAAGGGGAUAUUUGAUGAUGUUGGCAACAGUGACAGUGACAGUGGUGGCUGUGUUGGGUUGUUGUUGUUGUGGUGGUGUUGAAGGGCUUGGUGUGAACUGGGGAACCAUGGCUACGCAUAAGAUGCCUCCGGACACCGUUGUCCAGAUGCUCAAGGACAAUGGCAUUCAGAAGGUGAAGCUCUUCGACGCCGAACAGUCGACCAUGAGUGCUUUGGCUGGCACUAACAUCGAGGUCAUGGUUGCCAUUCCCAAUGAUCAACUUGAGGCUAUGACCAACUAUGCCCGUGCCAAAGAAUGGGUCCGGAGGAACGUGACCCGCUACAAUUUCAAUGGAGGAGUUAACGUCAAGUAUGUAGCUGUUGGGAAUGAGCCUUUUCUCACAUCGUACAAUGGUUCAUUCCUGAAUGUCACCUUCCCGGCACUUCAGAACAUUCAAAACGCCCUUAAUGAUGCUGGGGUUGGAGAUUCCAUAAAGGCUACUGUGCCCUUGAAUGCUGAUGUCUACAACUCACCAGAGUCCAAUGCCGUCCCAUCUGCAGGAAGGUUCCGGAGUGAUAUCAGUCAACUGAUGACUGACAUUGUCCAGUUCCUUGGCAAAAACAAGGCGCCUUUCACUGUAAAUAUUUACCCUUUCCUAAGUCUAUAUGGAAAUGAUGGCUUCCCUUUUAACUUUGCCUUCUUUGAUGGGGAUGCAAAUGCCCUUGUCGACACCGCCACUGGGAUUCAAUAUACCAAUGUUUUCGAUGCUAAUUUUGAUACCUUGGUUUCUUCCUUGAAAGCAAUCGGAUUUGGGGAUAUGACCAUUAUAGUAGGGGAGGUGGGAUGGCCAACAGACGGAGACAAGAAUGCCAAUGCUGGUAAUGCUUACAGAUUUUAUAACGGGCUUUUUACAAAACUUGGAGCCAAUAGAGGCACCCCUCUGCGGCCUGGAUAUAUAGAAGUCUACUUGUUUGGACUUAUUGAUGAGGAUGCAAAGAGCAUUGCCCCUGGAAGUUUUGAGCGUCAUUGGGGAAUUUUCGGUUAUGAUGGGCAGCCUAAGUUUGCAGUUGACGUUACUGGUCAGGGUCAAAACAAGUUCCUAAUGGGUGCAAAGAAUGUGCAAUAUCUUGAAAAGAAAUGGUGUGCGUUCAAUCCAAACGCCAAAGAUCUGAGCAAAAUUGCAGAUAACAUAAACUAUGCUUGUACCUAUGCAGAUUGCACAGCACUGGAAUACGGGUCUACUUGCAACAAUUUAGAUGCUAAUGGGAAUGCUUCAUAUGCGUUUAAUAUGUACUAUCAGGUUCAGAAUCAGGAUGAUCUAUCCUGCAACUUUCAGGGUAUGGCGGCCGUGACAACACAGAACAUCUCACAAGGGACUUGCAAUUUCAUUAUUCAGAUAGCUUCUUCAUCUACAUUUUCUUUAAGACCCUCUCUACUGGUAGGCACAGUACUCAUAGUACUCUUCUCGAUACUGUUGCUAUAGAUUUUUGUAGAUAGCUCAGGUCAGCUGCCUUUAGUAGAAUCCUUUUCUCUUUUUUUUUUUCUUGGCCUCUGGGAGAAUUUUAGUUUUUUUUUUUUCUGAUUUAUUCAAUAAAGUUUAACAGGAUUUAUUAUUGUUAUA